AUGUCUAUAUCAACAACAAAAUCAGAAUGGGUUCAAGCAGGAGGUCAUGGUGGAAGUCAUCAAUUAGUACCAAAUGGUGAAUAUUUGUUAAAGCCAUGUCUUGCUCCAAGGGAAAAAGCAUUUUAUUUAAAAAUUCAAAAUAAUAAAGAAUGGUGUGAAAGUGAAAUUAUUCCAAAAUUUUAUGGAAUUGAAGAACAUGAUUUUGGUUAUGGUGAAUUUGAAUUUAUUAAAAUGGAAAAUUUAAUGAACCAAAUUAAAAAACCAUUUGUUUUAGAUUUAAAAAUUGGUACACAAACUUGGGAUCCAGAAACAUCUUCUAAAAAAAUGAAAAAAAGAUUAAUUGUUGACUCAACAUCAACUACUACUUCACUUGGUGUUCGAUUUAGUGGAAUGAGACGUAAUGUAACUGAUAAACCAACUUUAUAUUCAAGAUAUUUGUGUACAAAUGAAGUUAAUACAAGAGAUUCAUUAAAAGAAUAUAUCAAAUUAUAUUUCUUUGAUGGAGAAAAGUAUAGAAAUGAUCUUCUUCCUUACUUUAUUCAAAGUAUUAGUAAAAUGAUUGAUGUAAUGAAUAAAAAACAAUUUAAGAUGUUUUCUGCUUCUGUUCUUUUUGUUUAUGACAGUGCUAGUAAAUUUGAAGAUCAAAAACAUGCAUGUAAAAUUAUUGAUUUUGCUCAUGCUUGGGAUGUUACAGAAGAAGAGUGUAAUGUAGAUGAUGGAUUUGUUAUUGGACUUACAACUUUAAAAAUAAUGUUCGAAGAAUUACAUAGUGAAUUUAAUUUAUUGUAA